CUUCUUCUCCCUCGCUUCGGAUUUCCGUCAUUGAACCUUCUCUUCGUCUCCUUCGUUCUUCCAUUUCCAGAGCUGUUCAUCAAUGGAGUCCGAAGACCACGGCCACUCUCCCAAGUCCCCUCGCACCCCAACCUCCGCCGACGACUGCACCGACUCCUCCGGUGUCGCCCACUCACAUGGUACCUGCGCCAAGUGUGGCGGUCCCACCGCCUACCCGUCCGCGCCGCAGGGCUUCCCCGGCAUCUCCCCGCCGCCGACCUACCGCCCCAUCCGUGCCCCGGCCAUCAACCUCUCCUCGGAGUCACUCCAAUCCCAGCAACAGGCCAUCAUGCUCGCGCCCGUCCCUCAGCCCCAGAAAGUAACCCUAGUCUCCCCACCCUACGAUUUCCAGGUUCCCUCCAAACGGAUCCACUCCCCCGACGACAUCAAGAGGUUCCACUCCUCAGAGUCGGCCAAGAACUUCCUCGGCUUCGUGGCGGCUCUCUCCGAGUCAAUCCGCGGCCACAAGAUCUCCGACACUUGUCACCAGUCCCGGGCAGUUAACUCAAUCGUCGCUAUCCUUGAAACCCUGAUCCGCUGGGUCGAUGAGAUCCCUCCGGCUCCUCAGUCAGCUAGGUACGGUAAUGUAGCCUAUCGUACUUUUCACGAGCGUUUGCUCGAACAGAGUGAGCCCUUAAUGCUUACAUUUUUACCCAACGAGCUCAAGUCUUCGACUAUCGAGAUCGUCCCUUAUUUCACGGAUAGUUUCGGGAAUUCUAGCCGAAUCGAUUUCGGCACUGGUCACGAGACCAAUUUUGCUGCGUGGCUGUAUUGCUUAGCUAGGAUGGGGAUCAUUAAGGAAGAGGAUUACCAAGCUGUGGUAGCUCGGGUUUUCGUUAGGUACCUGGAAUUGAUGAGGAAGCUGCAAUUGGUCUACUGUCUAGAGCCUGCUGGGUCUCAUGGGGUUUGGGGCCUGGAUGAUUACCAUUUCUUUCCGUUCAUCUUCGGGUCGGCGCAGUUGAUCGAUCACAAGUACAUGAAGCCGAAAUCGAUUCACAAUGAGGACAUAUUGGAGAACUUCUCCAAUGAGUACAUGUACCUUUCUUGCAUCGCAUUUAUUAAGAAGGUGAAGAAGGGCCUGUUUGCGGAGCAUUCGCCCCUGUUGGAUGAUAUCAGCGGGGUGCCUAAUUGGAAGAAGGUAAAUAGUGGGUUGCUGAAGAUGUACAAGGCUGAGGUGUUGGAGAAAGUCCCGAUAAUGCAACAUUUCCUGUUCGGUUGGCUCAUUAAAUGGUAGUGUGUGUUUCUUUCCCUUUCUGUUAACAAAAUCUAGCAUUUUGAAGGCUCCUGAACAUGUCCCUGCCAUUGGAGUAGUUAUGCUGAAUACGUAGAUAUGCUAGUCUAUCUCGCCCAAAAUGCUGUCAUUGAGAGCCAUUCUAGUGAGAGUUGAUAGAGGCAGAUUUAUUGAAAUCUAAGAGAGCAUCCUAUCAAAUCCUAUGUGUUGGUAUUGCAUUGUAAAUGAUAUUGUGUAUGAGUUUGAUUCUACCAAUCGGGUUAUGAGUAGUUGACAACUGACAUUCCUCACCAAUCGGUUGCUGUGUUCUAGAAGGACAGAUAAAUACUUUUACCUAAUUUUUAUAUGUUGUAGUGAGUGGAUAAUUC